GGCCAUGCUGGUACGAGGCAGCUCCAAGGGCUACAGUCACCGGAGGCAGCAAUCCGCAGGCUUGGGCGAGGCUGAAGGAGAAGCUAUCAUGGCACUGGCCACGCAGGAGGGAGGAGAGGCUGGCAGCCCGGCCGGGGCUUACGGGAGCUGUCACGGGCUGAGGACGGGGGCGAGCGAGCAGCCGGCAGUCGCCAUGCCCUGGCUGAGAGCACUGGAGAGGGAGAUGCUGCGAGCCGGAGGACGCCUGGAAUUGGGCGGAUGGAGGACGGGCGUGGAGGUUGAAGAAUCGAGAGCAAGCAACGAAAUCUUGGGUGCAGUUGCUGUCGGCUGCAGAAUAGCAGGUACUUGGAGCGUGCUAAUGCUGGUAUGGAGUCACUGCCUGGGUAAUAAUGCCUGCGAAGUACCAAUCGAAGCAUCUAAUGCCUACGGUACUGCUAACCGCUAUGGAGCACGCAGCACUGCAGCUAUUGCGAGUGGAUAGGACAAGGUUCAAGCUACUAAAAAAAAAAAAAAAAAAGAAGAGAGGAAGAUAUCCUUGUCAACUAAACUACCAGAAAAUUACCGUUUAGUACAGUAGAUUGGUGAUGCGAGCAAAGCAAUUAAUAACAGCUAGCAGCAGUAGUACGUACGCCCUCGUGCUCGCGUUAAGCGGGAUACGGCUCGAAGGACGGCUCAAGAAAGGAUA